GGGAUGGGCAGUACUGCCAAUGUAAAGGACGUGAGAGAGAACCACAGAGCUGUACAUACCCAUAUAAAUAUCAAUAAUAAUUAUUGUAAAACAAAACUAGAGGUUGAUGUAUUAUUUGGCAACUCAACGUGAAAAUGGGAAGACUGUACAAUGUCUUAAACAGGAGAGAUGUGAAACUUUCAACCCUUGCAUGAGGGACAUUGAGAAGUGUGGAAGAAAUCCGGAGAGCGGGAGCAGCCUUGCGGCGUACAGUUCAUAGGAAACACCGAGGUCGCGGGAAGAGGCCUACUGAUUGAUGUUGGCAUGUUUAAAAACACUGAAUACUUUUAGUUCGCUAUUGGAUUUAAGUUGAAUUGGAACGACGCUGUAGGUCUCCUGAUGUGUGUGACUUGGCACAGCAGCGCCCCAUCUGAGGAGUGCUUCGCUGUUGCCGUUAGGAGCCCGUGAUUCUCCUUUUCCCUCCCCCUCAUCCCACAUCCCCUCCCCUACGUCGCUGUGCUUGACGUCAUGAGCAUAGUAAUUGCACUGGGAGUCACCACACCUGAGACACCUUACACUGAUAUGGCUGCUGGAUCAGAUCCUGAGUCUGUUGAAGCGAGCCCAGCAGUAAACAAGAAGAAAUACUCCAGUCACAACUGUGGGAACACACAGAAUCAUGGAUAUCGGGGCCUGCCCUAUGCUGAUCAUAACUAUGGAGCACCACCCCCUCCCAGCCCUCCUGCCUCCCCACUCUCCCAUUCCAUCUUCACCCGCACUGAACGCAAUGGCACUCUGGGACGAUCACGAUCCUGUUUCCCUACCAAUGAACAAGACAACUCUGCCAACAGUGAAAGCUCAUCAGAGGAGGAGGAAGAGGUGGUGGAGGGGGCGGUCCCACCUGCCUGGUGUCAGUGCCAUCUGAUGCAGGAUGGCUUCCUCAUCAAAUGCGAGAACUGCAGGGGUCUGGAGAAGAAAGGGCUCAAUGGACAACGGCAAAAAGCAGAGAACGUGUCAGGGGGAGAGAGCAGUGCGACAGAGAGUGGAGAUGAGGACAUGUCAGCCCCAGCAGUGUCAUACACGGCCACUCAACACACCCCCACCAGCAUCACUCUCACUGUCAACAGAGUGAAACAUAACAAAGUCAAGAAGAGAAAGAAGAGCACAGAGAAAACGCGCAGUGCCACUAAAGCAAAGAAGGUUAAGGCUUACAGAGAGGGUUCCAGAAAAUCCAUGAGAAUGAAGAACUCUAAGCUUGAGGCCACCAUUCUUGAUGAGAACACAGCAGAAGGAUGGGAGACACGUAUCCGGCAGUGGACAGACCAGUAUGAGGAAGCUUUGGUGAACCAGUACAGCGCUGACAUACAGACCCUCCUCGAGCACCAUUGUGCCAAUAACAGCUCUUCCCCCACCGACAAUGGUGUCGUCAUGGACACCAUUAACCGAACAGAGCUGGCUUGCAACAACACUGUGUUGGGCUCACAAAUGCAGCUACAGCUGGGUCGUGUGACACGUGUUCAGAAACAUAGGAAGAUUCUCAGAGCUGCACGGGAUUUAGACCCUGACACUCUCAUCAUUGAGUACAGAGGCAAGGUCAUGCUCAGACAACAGUUUGAGGUCAAUGGGCACUUUUUCAAAAAGCCGUACCCAUUUGUCCUGUUCUAUUCAAAGUUCAAUGAAGUGGAGAUGUGCGUAGAUGCUCGAACAUUUGGCAACGAUGCUCGCUUCAUCAGAAGAUCAUGCUUGCCUAACGCUGAGGUGCGGCACAUGAUUGCAGAGGGGAUGAUUCACCUGUGCAUCUACGCUGUUACUGAAAUCUCAAAAGAUUCUGAAGUCACCAUCGGGUUUGACUAUGAGUUUAGCUGCUGCAAUUAUAAAGUGGAUUGUGCUUGUCAUAAGGGCAAUCAGAACUGUCCUGUGCAAAGACACAACCUCAGCCCCCUUGAGCUGCUGUCCCCUCAGUCUUCAUACCCUGCCCUGCCUGGAGCAGAAACACGGAGGAGACGAGCGCGACGCAGGGAAAUGGAAGGGGAUAGGCUUAUAACUGGUGUUUCUGAUGAGAGCAACCAGCUCCUGGAAGAUGCAAGCGAGACACAGGGAAUUAGCGACACAGAGGACGCUCUUAUGUACAGAGUUAAGAUGGAGGAUGGAGAGGACGAGUUAGACGAGAAUGGUGCAGUAAUACCAAAUAGACGGUCUCUUGAGGACCGCAAGGCAGAGGUCAUCUUGCAUGUUUUCCAGAACCUUGACAGGAGAAAGAAACGUGUGUCUCAGGGUACAUUGGAUGGUGUGGCUGAACAAACCAAAUUGGAAGGGGAGGAAGCAGAAGAGGGGGUGCCUUCUUUCACAGCAGGAAAUUGUGUGCCAGAUACAGGAGCAGGUGGAGGAAUCAGUAUACGACGCACCGCCUUUGCCACUGUGGACACAACAGCCAUUGACUCUGAGAAGACAUCUGCCCUGCCCAGCACUGCCCCUAAACCACAAGCUGCCCGCAGCUCCAAACCACGACCCAAAAGUCGUAUCUCUCGAUACCGCUCCACUUCAGCCCAGCGUGCCCGAAGACAGCGGCAGGCUCUGGCACAGCAGACAGCGGAAGGAGUUCUGCCAGGAGCUGAAGAGGGGGGUGCAGGGGCAAGUCUCGGAGAGCAGAGACAAGGAGAGGGAGCUCUGAGCUCUGGACAUCUCCAGGAUAGUGACACACAUGGAGCCUCUUCUACAGUGAUGGGUAAUAAGGCAAAUGUCAGAUACCCCAAAACCAAAAAGUAUCUGGUAACAGAGUGGUUGAAUGAUAAGGUUCACGAGCGGGUGGAGGAGUCUUUGGAACGCCCUUUACGCAUCACCACUGACCCCACAGUUCUGGCCACCACCCUUAACAUGCUGCCAGGACUGUCUCACUCACCCUUCAUCUGUACUACACCCAAACACUAUGUUCGCUUUGGUUCACCCUUUAACCCUGAAAGACGCCGACGACCACUUAUCAUUGACCCCUCAUAUGGUUCUUGCAAGAAGAGGUGGAUGAAACAAGCGCUUGAUGAGAGCAUGUUAUCUGGCCCCUUGGAAGAUGGAACAGACUCCAAUUCUUCCCACAAAAGUAAUACCAGCAGUAGCAGCUCUCUCCCAUUCAGAUCUGAACUGACAGGACCAUUUAAGAAGAGGAGGUUAAAGUAUACAUCAGAAAUGGCUCCUCCACCCUUUGAAUUGUUGUUGCGACCAUUGUCUCCCAUCACCCCACCACUGUCCACUGAACUUCCCGUGAUGCCUCUUCACCCCCUCCUGACUCCUUGCCCGCUUUAUUUAGAUGGAGAGGUUGAGGGGCAGAACGGCCCAGUGCUUUCCUUCUCACCUCACACAUCCCUGCCAACCAGCCGCUGCAAUACACCUCUACAGUUUGAGAACAUCUCUUCUCCCGAGGCCUCUCCUGUGCACAGAUCAGAAUCUCUGACUCCAGAACCAUGUUUGCGUCCUGACUUUAUUCCACAGGUCGCAGCCUUCCCUGACCUUUCCUCAAGCUUGGGAAGCCCCACUCCGCUGUCAGAUGACUUGUCACUUGCUGCUCCAGACUCCUUGAAUGGAUCCAGAGUUGGGACUCCCCGCAGCUCAGCUCUUGUCCCCAGUAUAGGUGACUCUUCCCUGGUUUCACAUGGCAUUGAGGCACCGGCCCGAGAGCAGACAGACUUCAGGACAGAAUUUAAUCUCAUUUACACCUGCUCUCCUCUCAAUGCCAAUCUGCCCGCGGGGCCUGUAAGUGACAAACGCAUCCCACAGUCAGAGGGAGCUUUUUCCAUGGCUGACUCUGACUUCAGCUCAGUGUGUAGCCAGGAGCCGCUUAUGGAGGUGGGGUCUGGUUCUCUCUCACCAUAUACGGACACACAGUUUGGAGGCGGAUAUUCAGAGAGCAGCACAUCCCCCCACCCUAACAAUCCACCAAAGAAGAAAAAGAGUGUCAUGGUGAGUGCUGGUAGUCAGCUGACUGGCUUGGCUGGUUACCAGGCAUUAGCUGUAAGGGGCCAGUUCAAGCCAAUGCAGAACAUGGUCUCGCUCUUGGAGUACAGGAAAAGGAAGCAGGGGGCAAGAGACCCAGCGCCCCUCGUCACACACCUCAGCCCGCUCUGCCCUCUCAUAGAGUCUCCAGGGCGGCAGCACUUACAUCUUCAGACCUCAGUCUCUCCGCACAACUCAUUCUCGCCAGCACACCAAACUUUCCCACAGAUAGAGGAGGUCAGUCCUCCUGAUGUCAGGUCUGGAAACCACACACAGACUACAGUUCCGGGUGGAUCAGAAUCCAGCCACUGGAUGGUGCCUACAUCGGUUGAGCGGUUAAGGGAAGGACACGGCGCUCUCGAGCGUGUCCUGAGGGGUAAUUUGAAGAUAGAGUGCGCUCUUAAAAGAGCAGAGGCUGGAUCGAAUGGCGAAAUCGGCAGUCAUGACAGGAGCUCUGAUGGAGUUGAUGACAUCAAGGGUUCAUCUUUGGCCACGAGGAGUCCUUCUGUCCACCCACAUCAGAUGCUGCCUCUUCAACCCGAAUCCCAUCAGCACUCAGAAAGUCCCACCUAUCACCAACAAAGCUCCUCCUCUCCAUUCUGUCCCUCUUUAAUCCCCUCCCCUUCCGCCUGCAGUUCUGGAGGACAGGGGUACUACUCCAAGCUGUCCACACACACCCAGCCACCCCUAGAAAUCCCAUCGUCUUCAGGACUCCCCAUCUCCUCAGUGAACUCAGCCAUGGGUGCGUCGCAACCUCACAGCCACUCCGGAGGUGGUAUGGACACCUCUCAUCUUAAAGCAAAAUGGUUAGACCGCACCGUGUCAGCUGCUCUCACUUUACCCGCCAGAGUUCAAGGCCAACUUCAAAUGGACGGCACUGCAGUAGCGCACACACAGGAUGCUCAUGGCUCCAGACUGGCACAGUCAUCCAGGGUGUACAGCCCUAAUCAGUCCAACUCAAGACACAUAACUGCUUCUGGAACACAGCACUAUUCACAACGACAUUUACAGGGUUCAGGGGUACAGACACAGUCAGGGACAUUUUAGGACCCUGUGAGUGUGUGUGUUUGUGUAUGUAUGUUUGUGUGUGUGUAUCAGAACGAUAAGUGUGUAUGUGUGACACCACCUCACCUAUACCUGUGGAGAAAAUCUGUUGGGCGAUGUAUAAACUUUGUCUUUUGCCUUCACAGUUCUUUUUGUUUUUCCAAAAGCUGAAUUUACAUGUAACUUAGAGUGGACUUCAUAACAAUCAUUCAAAUCAACGGAACAUUACAGUAGCUAGUUUGGAGUAUAAAAUAAGAUUUAAGUGUAUAAUUGAAAAUGUAUCCAGAUGUGUCAAUGACUUGUAAAGGCUUAGGUGCAUGUAUUUAAGAGUAGGUGGUAAACUGCUAAAGCGAAACUGUACCCGUUUCUCUAAAAGUAGGGUUCUCGUGUUGAAGACCUCUCGGAGUAAAAAGUGAACAAUCUUUAAUGGCUUUUCAACUCUGUCUAAUGAUUGAUCUUCUGACCUUAUGAAAUGGCACUCUUACAUCUUGUAAGAUGCAGUACACGUGUGGGCUCAGCAUUCUGAUGUUCAGUUUUAUCCAAAAGUCCUCCUCAGAACGGUUCCGUAGUGCGUUCAUGGGUGCACGAAAGCCGUUCUUAGUCUGCAGCAUUCCAGUGUCUAGUUAUCUUUAGGGUCAGGUGGGCAUCUAGCCAGUUGAAUUCUCCUUUUAGCGUCAUAAAAUUACUCCUUUGGUUUUGGAGAUGAAUAUCCUCACUUAAUAUGUAAUACUUGACAAACAGAUUUUAUGGUGCUUCAGUUGGCUCAUUUGAAUGCUAUUUGGUAUUGUUUCCCGAGAUGCUCUCUUUGGACAUUUUGGUGUCCAGUGAUUGUUGAAGACUCUCUCUGUGACUUGGAAUGCACUGGGCAUUUAGAAAAGAAGUUGCAUUGCAGAAAUGUUUUUGUUUAUAGUAUUUGUGCCCUCCUGUAGUGAACACAUCAUAAGAUUUCCUGUCUUUUUGACCAGUCUUUGCAUUCCAAACACAAAAAUAAGAGAGGAGACAAAUGCUUGGCCAAACGGUUUGAUCAGGAGAAAAGACAAAGCGGUCAUGCUGCUGUGGGCUCCGAAAUUCCCCUUAUUUUUACUCACAAGAUGGCCCUUUUUAAUAGAAUAGGAUACAGCAGAGUGCUGUACCUCCCUUGGAUGACACCGUUCUUAAUGUCACCAAGUCAUGUGCCAUGAUGACCACAGGAGUGGUCUAUUGAACAAAACUUGUCUGCUUGGUGGACUGAUCAAGAGAUGGAAAAGAUUAAGUCUUUGUUUUUCUUUCACCUAAUGUAAAAUGAUCUUUGAGGGGUUAAUGUGGUCAGCCUUAGCUAACUGGUUUACAUGAAUGUCUGUCUGUCUUAGAGGGGCAAAAGUCUUGAAGAAAGACUUUGUGACCCGGAAUUUGCCAGCACCUUAUCUACAGAAAGUUAUAAAACCAAGAAACAAAACUGAUCAUGUGUAACUGGGUGAAGUGUCAUUAUGUUCUUUGAGAAAUAGAGUACACCAGAUUUGUUGCAUGAUAUUUGUUUUGAAUGUGUCAUUGUAACGGUUGAAGUGUAGGAUGGGUCUUGGGAGGAGGUUUUAUUUGGGACUGAUCACUUCUAAACCCCACAAACAUUUGGCACUUUUCUCGCAACGUUUAACUUUUUUUUUUUGUUGUUGUUUUUUUACACAAUGUCCCUGUUCAUGACCGUAAAAAUCAAGUCAUGUGAUGGAUUUUAAUAAAAUAUUUGUGACCGAGCACAUUUUUAAAAGUAGUUUUGGCGUUUGCUGAACACUGCUGCAUGGAAAGAGUUUAUGGUGAUGAUAAAGAAGCCAUUGAAAUGCACGCGCACACACACACAAGGGCCUGCUGGCGUGGAUACGUGGACGUGACAUUGAAGAAAAGUCUGAACUGGCAUCACCACACCCAUGUGUAGACCAGCAUUUGACUGGCAUGAUUCGAUACACCACAUACAUGAUUUCUGUUAUAAGAGGGCAUAUACUCUGCCUGAUCCUGGAUCUAUAUAAUAAAUGUGUCAUUUUUGGUUGAAUCACAUCAGGCUACUUUGCUUGAAGACAUCAAAUAUGUGUUGGGUGUUUUGUUUUACAAUUGAAAUACAUAAUGUUUAUGUUUCCUUCCCGGGCAGGUUUGUUGCAGGAGUAAUAUCACCACUAAAUACAGCCAAGUUUCUCUGCAUCAGUGGAUUCAAGCUUUGUUUUUCUGCAAUAUUAGUGUAGAGACUUGUGGAAAUAACUGUCUGUAGAACAUAUGACCAUCUUGAAAUGUUGUAUCCUUAUAAAUACACAAUUAUUUGGGGAAAGCAAAAAGAAAACACUUUCAGAGAGCUGGAAUGCACUUAUAAAGUGCAUCAGAAACCAGCACUUACCCGAUCUUGACUGUGGACCAACAGAGAGUGCUGUGCUGAGUGUGAGCACAACUUAAAGGGACAGUUCACCCAAAAAUCAAGUUCAGUUACUUGCACAUCUGGGAUGGCAUGAGGGUAUGACUUUAUUAUGACUUUAUUCUGCUGAACACAAAUUAAGGUUUUUAGAAGAAUAUUUCAGCUCUGUGGGUCCAUACAAUGUAUGUGAAUGGUGACCAGAUCUUUGAAGCUCCAAAAAUCACAUAAAGAGAGCAUAAAAGUAAUCCAUAA